AUGCCUCCUCCAUCACGCGUCCCAUCCCAGCAGCUGCAACAACAACCCUACCGCUCGGGGUCUCCCACCACCACCGCCCCCUCUGUACGCAGGAACCUUUUCUCGGCGCGCUUGUCACGCCGCCCUGCAUCAGGAUCCCAGUCCAGCUCUCAAGGCUCCUCGAGCCAACAACAUACACACUCAAAUCAACACAACCAAGAAGAGUCCGCGCCUGCGCUUCAGAAUGGAGAUGUUGGACAUGAACAGGAGCAACCGCAUCACCGCAUGCCUCGAAUAGCAUACAGCACGGCUGUUCCUCCGACCGUCAGUCAAGUCCACGUGGCAUCGCGCCGUUAUCAGCACCAGCGCUCGGUGUCAACGCCUUCUCUGUCCCCCUCGCCUCCACGGCUCUCUCCAUUCCGCAACUUGCCACCUGCCGCGACCUUCUCCCACAACGCUGCCACCGUCACCGCGCCACCACCCUUCGCGCCAACUCCCCCUCGUCAUUUGACGGCAGCAACAGACAAUUAUGACCCAACAAUCUCACCCAACCGACCCCUGUCCCCGCGUUCUCGGGAGAGUCUAUUCCCGAAUUCGUCUGUGAUCGCAAUCAAUCCGGUCACCGGGCGGCCAAUACUGCCUCACCUCCCUAUCCUACCAGGACGGCUGAAUCUGACCGAUGAGGAUGGGGUGGCACAACAAGGUCUUCAGUCCAUGAACCACGGCGACGAGCACCAAGAGGACGGGGGAGUCUCGCGGUCACCGGACGACGGAUUCCACCACCCUCGCCAUCUCAGCCACACAGAGCAUGAUCACAAUGAUCACUCUCCCGGCCGAGCACAGCCACAGCAUUUCUACACACAAGCAAGGGCCUACUCAGAUCACCCGUCGUAUCAGCAACACAGUCACCAGCAUCACCAGCAUCAACCCCCAGACUCAGACAUGAACCACGCGCACCCAAGCACGGCGACCAUGAUGCGCGCCGCCGCCGAAGACGAAGCAUCGUUGGAGGCGGAUGAGGAACGGCGUGAUCGGGAGCGGAUCGAGCGCCUGCUGCGUGAAUUGAUGGGGCGACAGAGAGCGCGUGCCAACAUAAACAGCAACAAGUCCUCAUCCUCGACUGUUGGAAAUGACCCGCCUUCAUCUUCAUCAGCGGCAAGGGCAAUGGCGUCAAGCGGGUUGAGGAAACACGGGACGCUUGGUGGGCGGCAUCAGCAUGCCGGUAUCACAGCUCACAACGACGACGAUCACGUUGUCUACGCAGCUGGAGACGAGGCCGGGGCCGAGGACAGCGAGGAAUCCGAAGCCGAGCGUGAAGAACUCAUGGGCCUCAUCACAGCGAGUCUCCGGCGUGAGGUCGCCAGAGCGGAAGACGAGGGCUGGAUGUAUGGCGAUAGCGGCAUGGGCAUGGGCACGGGUUGGGAUGGGAGGGAGGAAGGGCUCGUUGGUGGUUACGAUUGA